AAGUCAGUCAAGAAGGUAUGACCAAAGGAGUAGAGAUAGUUAUUCAAGAAGUUAUGAUUGAAGAAGUAGAGAUAGUCACUCAAGAAGUCAUGACUAAAGAUAUCAGUCAAGAAGGUAUAACUGAAGGAGUAGAGAUAGUUAUUCAAGAAAUUAUGAUCGAAAGAGUAGAUAGUCACUUAAAGAGUUAUGUUCGAAGUAGAGAUAGUAGAAAUAAUCAAAAAAGAUGUCGUGACAAAAGAGAUCGAAGAAUUUAUAACAGUGAAAGUAAUAAAGACAUCCAAAAGCUAUUUCAAAAUUUUAUUAACCAAGACCUGGAAUUAGAUAAUAUAAGUCAAAAUCGUUUAAGAGUUCAAGAUCAAUCAAGCCAAAGUCAAUCAAAAACCCAACAACCUA